AUGGCGUCCUCGAGUAUGGUGAAAUUGAACGCCGCCUCCUCAUCUUGGAUCGCCGGCCACCAGUCCUUCAAUCAACGCCCCGGAUCCGCCGGUCCUUUGCGUUCUCGCCGUGUAUCUGUCAUCCGCGCCGGCUCUUACACCGAUGAGCUCCUUAAAACCGCCAAAUCAAUUGCAUCUCCGGGUCGGGGUAUUCUUGCCAUUGACGAAUCAAAUGCAACAUGUGGAAAAAGGUUGGCAUCCAUUGGACUUGACAACACAGAAACAAACAGACAGGCUUAUAGACAGCUGCUGCUGACCACUCCCGGCCUCGGUGACUAUAUUUCUGGUGCCAUUCUCUUCGAAGAGACACUUUACCAGUCAACUACAGAUGGAAAGAAGUUUGUGGACUGUUUGCGAGAUGAGAAUAUUGUACCCGGUAUCAAAGUUGAUAAGGGUUUGGUUCCGCUACCAGGAUCCAACAAUGAAUCUUGGUGCCAGGGGCUAGAUGGAUUGGCUUCUAGAUCUGCUGAAUACUAUAAGCAAGGGGCUCGUUUUGCAAAAUGGAGAACUGUCGUCAGCAUACCAUGUGGUCCUUCUGCUUUGGCUGUUAAAGAAGCAGCAUGGGGUCUCGCUCGUUAUGCUGCUAUUUCUCAGGACAAUGGUCUUGUGCCUAUUGUAGAACCUGAAAUUCUUCUGGAUGGAGACCACCCAAUUGAGAGGACGCUUGAAGUGGCAGAGCGUGUGUGGUCAGAAGUUUUCUACUACUUGGCAGAGAACAAUGUUGUCUUUGAAGGCAUUCUACUUAAACCUAGCAUGGUAACUCCAGGUGCUGAACACAAAGAGAAGGCUUCUCCAGAGACCAUUGCCAAAUAUACACUCACCAUGCUUAAAAGGAGAGUGCCUCCAGCAGUUCCAGGAAUCAUGUUCUUGUCAGGAGGACAAUCUGAAGCAGAGGCAACAUUGAACCUCAACGCAAUGAACCAGAGUCCCAAUCCUUGGCAUGUCUCUUUCUCCUAUGCCCGAGCACUUCAGAACACCGUGCUUAAGACAUGGCAAGGACGCCCAGAGAACGUAGAAGCUGCACAGAAGUCACUUUUGGUGCGUGCAAAGGCAAACUCCUUGGCACAGCUCGGAAAGUACUCAGCUGAAGUUCGUUAUCUAAUCGUGCGACUGAGGAUUGUUUUUCAGCUUCCCUUUACUGAGGAAACUGAAUCUUGUGGGUUCUGCGCGAUGGAACUUAAUGGUAAUAGGAGACCUAGACACAAGGAUCUUACCACUCAUCAAAAUGGUGACAUGAGCACAUCAAGCGUUGAUAACGAGCUUGAUCCAUGGACUGCUUUGGCUUACAAACCUCAUACCAUUACAAUGUUACUAAUAGGUGCAUGUUUCCUAGUAUUGACAAGUGGAGCACUUGAUCCCGAAUGUAGUUCAGCAAUUGAUCUUGUUACUUCCGUGAAAAGGGGUACGUGGGCAAUGAUUGCAGUGUUUCUUGCGUAUUGUUUGUUGCAAGCUCCUUCUACAGUACUAGUCAGGCCACACCCUGCGAUUUGGCGCCUUGUUCAUGGAAUAGCUGUUAUAUACCUCGUUGCAUUGACAUUUUUGCUUUUUCAGAGGCGUGAUGAUGCUCGGCAAUUUAUGAAAUAUUUGCAUCCUUAUCUUGGUGUUGAACUUCCUGAAAGAUCCUACGGUGCUGAUUGCCGAAUUUAUGUGCCUGAAAAUCCUACAAACAGGUUUAAGAAUGUUUAUGAGACACUUUUCGAUGAGUUUGUUCUGGCCCAUAUUCUUGGAUGGUGGGGGAAAGCUAUCAUGAUUCGCAAUCAGCCUCUUUUGUGGGUACUUUCAAUUGGAUUUGAGUUGAUGGAGCUAACCUUCCGCCACAUGUUGCCGAACUUCAACGAAUGCUGGUGGGAUAGCAUUAUUCUUGAUAUAUUAAUCUGCAAUUGGUUUGGUAUUUGGGCAGGAAUGCGUACUGUUAGGUACUUCGAUGGUAGAACUUACGAAUGGGUUGGUAUAAGCCGGCAGCCAAACCUUAUCAGAAAAGUCAAAAGAACAUUGGGUCAAUUUACACCUGCAAGGUGGGACAAAGAUGAAUGGCACCCUCUUCUUGGUCCAUUACGAUUUAUUCAAGUUCUCAGCCUUUGCAUAGUUUUCUUGACUGUGGAACUCAACACGUUCUUUCUCAAGUUUUGCCUUUGGAUUCCUCCUCGAAACCCCAUCAUAGUGUGGAGGUUGGUUUUUUGGUGGCUUAUUGCAAUACCCACGAUUCGUGAAUACAAUUCUUACCUGCAGGACAGGAAACCGGAGAAAAAGGUGGGAACAUUUUGUUGGCUUUCACUUGGUAUCUGCAUUGUGGAACUCCUCAUUUGCAUCAAGUUUGGACAUGGAUUGUUUCCUAAUCCCAUGCCCAAGUGGCUGGCAAUUUUUUGGACGUCUGUUGGGAUUAGCCUCGUGAUAUUCUUGGCUGCGUGGUCAUGGCAACUGCACAAGUUGACGAGGCAGAAGUGGCGAAAAGUGCAUUUUUGUGGUUGA